AUGCUCCUGCUGUCCUCACAGACGCUGUCCAGCCAAAGCAGGGGCAGGAAGCCGCUGCCUGUGCAUGCAGCCAAUCGGGAUGAACUGGGUGGCGUGUCUGACAUACUGAACAAGUAUGGCAGCACCAAUGGCAGCGGCCUGCCGGCACGAGGGACGCCACAGAUUGCGGCGCAGCAGCAGCCGCAGGCGGUUAGCAGCACGAAUGGCAUGGGCAAUGGCGUGUUCCUGGUGCUGCUCAUCAACUUUGGGCUCUAUGCGGGGGCCAACCUGCUGCACCUGCCAGCCCUGUCAAACCUGGCGCUCAGCCACUGGAAGCCGCAGUGGUGGCAGUUUGUCACAUCCACCUUCAUGCACGCCAACUGGCAGCACCUCAGCUCCAAUGCCUUUGCGCUGUUGGUGUUCGGGCGGCAGGUGGAGGAGGAGGAGGGCGCGCUGGGCCUCUGGCUCACUUACCUGGUUGCGGGCGUGGGCGGCGCUGUCGCCAGCUACCUCUCCUCGCCCCACACCCGCACCAUCUCACUGGGCGCCUCGGGCGCGGUCUUUGGCCUGUUCAUGGUGGCUGUGAUCACAAAGUUCAAGCCGAGCCUCAGGAAGCUGCUUGAGCUCGUCAUCCUCGGAUCCUUUGUGGUGCAGCAGGUGCUGGGCGAGCUGCAGAUGGCGGCGGGCGGAGGUCUUACUGUCGGCGGCAUGCAGGUCGGGCACGUGGCUCACUUGGCCGGCGCGGCGGCUGGCGUGCUGCUCGUCCUGCUGCUGUCACGGCUGCCAGAGCCUGCAGAGUGA